CAGUUUAAAAAAAAAAUAACAGCAAGACACCAGUUAGGAGGUAAGCAUAAGUGUUCAACGCUUGUGUUUGUGUAGCCUCGGUCCCAGGCCGAUAGAACGAAGUUAUCUAGUUGGUGGCCUAGCUAGAGACAACUCGGCUGGGAACAAGCCGGCUCGAGAAAUGGCUACAUGUACAUUCAGUGGAGGUUACGAUUAUGAUUUUAUAGAUCAACUCCCCAAAUCUUUGGAGUGUUCGAUAUGCCUGUUGACUCUACAAGACCCCAUGGUCAUCAGUUGCUGUGGUAACCACUUUUGUGAAGCUUGCAUUGGUCGAAUCAAGAGUAACAGAAAACCUUGUCCCCUCUGCAAUUCUCCAGACUUCACGACACUUCUCCACAAGGGUGUGGCCCGAGAGGUGAACGCCCUGAGGGUGUAUUGUCCCAAGAAGGCCCAAGGCUGUGACUGGCAAGGGGAGCUAGGACAAGUGGACCACCACCUCAACCCCACAGCUAACUCUAGGGGGUGUGGCUUUGUCAUGGUUGAGUGCAAGUACAAGUGCGGGGGAUUGUUCGAACGACAAAUGAUUGCUUCUCAUGAUUGUGCUAAACGACCAAUCGAAGUGAAGAUGGCUUUUCUGGCUAGAAAAUUAGAGAUGCUAGCUACAGAAGUUACGACACUCAAAGCUGAGAACACGUCACUGAAACAGCAAAUGGAAGCUCGACCACUACCACCAGUACCUCCGUUCUACUAUACCCUAAAUAAUUAUCAGCAGUGUAAGGAGGAAAACCGUACAAAAACGAGCCCACCAUUCUAUUCUAAUCCUAAAGGCUACAAAAUGCGCUUAGAGAUACACCCAAACGGAUUCGGGACUGGACAGAAUACACACUUGUCAUUGUUUGUAUUCAUAAUGAGAGGGGAGUUCGAUGACAUGCUUCAGUGGCCAUUCACAGGAAGAGUCACCAUAGAUAUGUACAGCAACAAGUCAAAGCAGUGGACUCAACUGCAAGUGGUUGAUUUCAAGGAUAAUCCAGUUGAGAGGAAAUGUGAUCGUUCAACGAGUGGUGGUAAUGGGUAUCACAUCACACAAGACAAAAUUACAGAGUACGUGAUCAAAGAAGAAACUCAUCAUACUCGUGUCUGUUUUCGAGUAAAUCGUGUGGAACUAGUUUAAAUGUUGUGUAUUUACUGCCGUAGACUUGAUAUAAUUGACUCACAAUAA